UAAAGAACUGCAAGUACCACAUAUCUGAGUGUAUCAUGGGCAGUUUUGUUUACCUAUUUGGUUGCAUCAGUCCACCGGAAGAUGAAAAAAGAAUUUAAUAUUGUUUGUUUCGAAUAAUAAUCCAUAUCAUACUGAAUCUUACUGCUUCUUAGGUAGCUAAUCACUUUAGUAUUUAAUCCUAGGGUAAAAUCGCCUUUUGUGCCUGUCGGACGCUAAAAAGCACAAAUGUUAUUUAAAAACGAGAUGUUUUCUCCUAUGUAACGGAAGAUGGAAUAUUCUUUGCUAGGGAAUUGUUGUAGCUAGUGAAACAAAUGUAUUUCAACGAUAAUUUUACGUGAGAGUUAUGUGAUGUUUUGUUGGUCCAUUAAUGUUCAGUAAUUUGCAGUAAGGGGAACUGUCAUAGAGAAGUUUAGACUCAAAUGCCAUACAUUUAUCACCAGUGACAGCUGGAGACCCAGGUUUUUUGACGGUGUGUUAAAAGCACAGUAAACGUUAGUAAUUAAAGCGUUAUUUUCGCGAACCACAAACAUAGAAUACUACAUGCAGUAAAUAAACACGCAUGUCAUGUCCGUAAGCUUUAACACGAAGUAAAUUCCGUAAAUGGCAGGAAGAGGUGAUGUCUCAAAGGUCUACAACGGAUGUAUAAUCCUGUAAUUGAUGCAUAGAGCCCCAUUUAUGUGAUCCUAUAACUCUUCUUGGCAUCAGCCCUGCUUGUUUACUCCUAUUGCUUAUUUAUUUAUUUAGCCCUUUAUUCCAUCCCAUGCUGCUUCUGAUUGUAGGUAGACGGUGUAAUAUUAAAUAUGUAAAAUGUCAUGUUGCGUGUUUAUGUUAUACCCUGGCACACCCACCAAGACAGCCUCCUUGUAUGUUGAAUAAACUUGGCUAAAAGAUCUUUAUGGUUCUUAGAAUUAUGCACAGACUCCAUCGUUCGGAUCACACGAAGAAGUUUGCUGGACAGCGGAGGUGUUACAUGUGUGACUCGGGCGCUAGAUGGCGCUGCUCCCCGGCCAGCCCGGCGGCGCGGUGCCGAAUGAAUGGCUCAGCCAGCCGCUUCCGCCCCCGCCGCUACCUGCAGACGCGCCGCCGGCCGCCACCCCGGGCUGCUGCCUUAAUUCCCCACCGCUGUCGGACACGUCAGCGCGGGCAACUGGAGGAGAAGCUGAGGAGAGCAACAGAAGUUCUUCUCUUUCUUUUCCCUUCCCUUUCCCCCAAGUCCAGCUCAGUUCCUGCAUGGAGGUCCCCUAUCACCGCUGUGAGCAGCAGCCCAGACUCCCUCACUGCUGACGGGUCCUACCAGAGGGCAGAGAACAGCGCCCCCUUUCAGCCACGUCAUGGAGCAGCCUAGCUGUCCCAGCGUCAGCAUCCCCUGUCACGACGAGCACAGGGACAAGAAGAAACGCUACACUGUUUACAAAGUGCUGGUCAGUGUUGGGAGGGACGAAUGGUUUGUCUUCAGGAGAUACGCAGAGUUUGACAAACUGUAUAACACAGUAAGGAAACAGUUUCCAUCCAUGAACUUAAAGAUCCCAGCUAAGAGGAUAUUCGGAGACAAUUUUGACCCGGAAUUUUUAAAGCAAAGGAAAACUGGGCUUAACGAAUUCAUCCAGAAGAUCGUCUCGCACCCCCAGCUCAGCAGCUGUCCUGAAGUGCGUAGCUUCCUGCUGAUGGACAGGCUGAAACGCUGGUCGGAUGCCUCUGAGGAUGAGGAGGAGAAGAAUAGUCCUACCUCCAGAAACAUCAACCUGGGCCCUUCCGGAAACCCGCAUGCCAAGCCCACAGACUUCGACUUCCUUAAAGUCAUCGGGAAGGGGAGUUUCGGCAAGGUUUUUCUUGCCAAACACAGACUGGACGGGAAAUAUUAUGCAAUCAAAGUUUUACAGAAAAGGCUGAUUGUGCAUCGGAGGGAGCAAAAGCACAUCAUGGCCGAGCGUAGCGUCCUCCUGAAGAGCGUCAAGCACCCUUUCCUCGUGGGCCUGCAUUACUCUUUACAGACUGCAGACAAGCUCUACUUUGUCCUGGAUUUCAUCAACGGUGGGGAACUGUUCUUUCACCUGCAGAGAGAGCGGACCUUUCCAGAACCUAGAGCCCGGUUCUAUGUAGCAGAAAUUGCUAGCGCUCUAGGCUACCUCCAUUCCUUAAACAUCAUUUACAGGGAUCUGAAACCAGAAAACAUCCUGUUGGACUUUCAGGGCCACGUUGUCCUGACGGACUUUGGAUUAUGCAAAGAAGGCAUGAGCCUGGCUGACACCACGAACACCUUCUGUGGGACGCCGGAGUAUUUGGCCCCUGAGGUUUUACGAAAGCAGCCCUAUGAUAACACAGUGGAUUGGUGGUGUCUGGGCUCGGUCCUCUACGAGAUGCUCUUUGGCCUGNCCCCCUUUUACAGCAGGGACACGCAUGAGAUGUAUGACAACAUCCUGCACCGAGCGCUGCGGAUGAAGCCGGGGGCGUCCGGCCAGGCUGAGGCCUUCCUGCAUGGCCUGCUGCAGAAGGAGCGCACACUGCGGCUGGGCUCCCGCGGGGACUUUAAUGAGAUCAAAUCACAAAGCUUCUUUUCCUCUAUUGACUGGGACGCUCUCGAGAAGAAGCUGAUUGAACCACCUUUCAGACCUACUGUGAGUUCAGGGUAUGAUACUACGAACUUUGACCUAGAAUUUACGGAGGAGAGCGUCACAAAUUCGGUGCGUUACCCCAUUGUCAACGCCAGCGUUCUGGAUGCAGAUGACACCUUCCUGGGCUUCUCCUAUGCCCCGCCCACUGAUGACUCCUUCCUGUAAAUGAGCCAAUGAAGACAGCUGUUUGUAAUUCCCUCUCUUCCAUUUGUUAACAUUGACCUUUCUUACGAUUUUCAAGGGACCUUUUCAAAUUGCAUUAAUUAAUGUAGAAUAAAAGUUUAGUAAACAAUGUCACAUGAAUGAGCAAGGAUUUCUUUUGCUGGAUUAAGUUUAUAAACUGAAAACUGAAGCUUGUGAUGUGGCUGUUUCACUUCCUGCUACAUGGUCUUGGAUCCUGCUGGACUUUUUAUUGAAAACUUUGAAUGUGUUGCGUAUGUAUUUAGCCCCAGUUGCUGGCAUAUUCUGUUAUGCAAAAUGUAUUUUGUAUUCACUGUUAAUAAAAAUACGAGAGAAUUUGUAGACAAACAAGCGCUUAAAAAUAAAAUGUAUAUGUCUUUUUGGUUAUGUUCAAUAUUGCAUUUAUUUCUAAUCAUGAUAGCUGUAAAUAUGUUGUUCUAAUUGUUUUUUUAAUUUUAUGGGUUUUUUUUUUUUUUUCCUGCCACAUCUUCUCUGAAUUAAAAUUAGUUUUCCAGGCAGGUACAUGGCCAACGUUGAGAAAAUUCAAGACCACCUGUUGCCUCCCUCCCACAAAUCGUUUGAGGGGGUAAAAUUAUAUUCCUGCUGAAAAUAAUUUUAACUUCUGGACCUUUUUCCCAACACUUCACCACAUCAUUAUAUGAUCCAGUAGUUUAUCUUUUGUGUUUCUUGCAUCAUGCUUUCUGUCCUGCGAACCAGGAAACGAUCAUCAUGUAUCAUAUAAAUGAAUUCCGUGGCAUUAUUUUAUGUGUCCUGUACUAUUAAAAUUAUACUAUUUUA